CCCGGCCGGGAGCGGCGUGCAGGUGCGCGGGGCGGGGCUGCGGCCCGGCCCGCCCCCGCGGCACCCGAGGCGGGACCGGUGUCUGCCGCCGCAUCCCCGCCGCGACGGGCGGCCGAGAGUCGGCUUCGUUCCGCUCCGCGCCGCCGCCCGCUGCUCCGGCACCAUGUCCCUCUGCAGGGCCGCCUCGCAGGCGCUGGCCUCCCGCCUGAGCAGGGCUCCUGCCGCCGCCAGCCGCCUCAAGCAGCGUGCGCCUCCUCGCCAGAUGUCAUCUGGGAGUGUUCCUGGCUCUUCCAGAGACAGCAUGAUGAUCUAUCUCCUUGCUGGUGUUGCUGCUUUUGGUGGUUUAUUUUAUGCCUACAGAGUAGUCAGUUCAUCCCGCAGCAAGUUUGUUGAACAUUCAGAUAUUCUUCGUGAGAGAGCCGAGGGGCAGAAAAGCAAUCCUUGGUCAAAGAAGGAAGGUGAUGGAGAAGAGGUGGAUGAGGUCACUGAAGCGGAGAAGGCCACGGAAGAAGCUGAUGCAGCAGCUGCUGCUGAACCUGCGGCACAGGAUGAGAGUGCUGGACCCAGAGCACAGGAUGAGACUUCUGGGGUAUCCCCAGAGGCUGGAGGGGAGAAUGACUUACUGGCUCCAGAGGUAUCCCAUGCUAUGGAGGAAGCACAGCAAGAAGCUGCUGCUAAUUUGGAACUUGCUGCUAAUUCAGAAGCUGCUGCAGUUCAAGUUUCUGAGGAGGAGAAGACAACUGAAGAAGUUGCUAAAGAGCCCUAAAGUAUGCAGUGUGGACGCCUUUGGAAAGUUUAAUGCAAAUAUUUGUGGCAAUCAACCAGCUGAUUCCUGUGUGAAACCUCAUAUUCUUCCUUGAAGACAUAAAAGAAACUGUGCAGUUUGUCCUACCACACAUUGGCCAUUAUGGCCAGUAUUCAGUGCUGCAAGAGAUGAUUUGCGUCGCCUAGAGAAACGCUUCUGUGACUAACAGCUCUGCUGUAGAGAGUAGCAUCCAGCCAAGCCCCUCAGCAUGUCCUAAAUACAUGUGCUAAGAGAAGCAGUACACUUAACUAAACCAUGCCAUAUGAACUCCUUCUGUGUCUCUGUUGUCCUGUUAUGUACAUUGAUUCCUUACUUAUGGUCCAAACUGUUGCGUGUAAGUUAUACCUUUGUAACAUCCCAUGCUAAAAUGUAAGCAAAAGGUUUCAAAAUCAAGUCAAAAUAUUACAAAAGUACCUGUUAGCAUUUUAAAAUUAUAUCACAGGGGAAAUGACAACGUGUUUGCUCCUCAGUUUGGAUUUGUGAUUGUAAGCAUAGGACAUCUGGCUGCACAUGACCUAAUUUUCCCCCUGCACAAACAUUUCAGAUGCUGCCAUUCCUUGCACAGUAACAUCCAGGAGUAAACAUUUUAAGGCUCCUGCUUUGGGAAGAAAACCUGUUUGCAAGUGGUAGCCAUAGGUACUUGAUAAGUGGUGGCUGGCUCCUGCCUUGGGUGUGCUGUGCUCUGCUCCUCCCAAAUCUCAUUCAGCUUGCCGUGGUCUUUCUGGGCUGCUCUGUCUUGGCAGUGGCAUAUACUGGUAGUGUAACAACAUGAAAGUUUGGUAGAAACUUUCAAACUGGUGCAAAUCACAAGCCCUUCAGGCCAUGGCAAAGCCUGUCUCUAACCACUUGCACAGAGAGAGCAAAAUCCCUGUGAAGGGCUAUGCAACAGGUGUUCAAAUGGACAGACGUUCUUAGGGACUAAGAAAGAACCAAAUAGCUAAAUAACCUUGUUUUCUCAGUUUCUCAGCUUCAUAAAAAAAUACAUUUAUUAUGAAUAACAGGUUUGGAUGCCGCUGUGCUUCUAACCCUCACAUGCUACCUGCACGAGCGUGCACCUGAGACCCCACUGCAGCCAUCACAGAAUGGCAAUGAUUCUAAACCAGAGGCAAAUAAGGUAUAUUAUGUACUAUUUAUAUAGGAAGUGUGUUUAUAAGGUGUGUCUGACUCUUCUCUCUUCAAGAAAAAGUUUGGAAAAUGUUGAAAGGGAAAUGAAAGCAUUAUGACAUUCCUACCCACGGCACAAAGCAGCAACACAUGCUCCUUCCCCCAUCAUAAAGCAAAUUAUAAUAAGUUCCAACAAAGAUAUAGCCUGUUGCUCCUGGACCUACAUAGGAAUAACUGGAAUAAUGCAGAGGCAAAAGCAGGCUCCUAAGCUUCAAGAAGACAAACCAUAGCCUUCUGCUUAAAGGAUAAAGCCUCUGUGAUUAAAAAGCAACUUUUGUAGACCAAGCUACUGGAAUAAAAAUCUUAGACUGAUAUUUUGUUGGAUAAGAGUCUAUAUUUGUCUUGUAGAUUAAAAAUGCUGUGAUGGAUGUAUGCACUUAAAUGUUCUAUUUCUUCAUUUUCACUAAUUACUAGUAAAAUAAGCUAUUUUAACUGCAUCUAACAGUAGGGUUUCUGAAAUGGUAGGCUUUUCUGAAUGGCUCUUUAUUUCUGGAACUCCUCUGGUACAUGGCAAAACAUGUUAGCCCUCUGGAACAGCUGCCUGAAUGAUUGAAUCACAAACUAUGGUUUCCAAAACGUAGGUUUUUUUCAUCCUUUCAAUUUCAAAAAAAUUGUGAGAGUCCCAAAACAGCCUGUACUUGUGCUUUAUGCCAGAGUUCCUCUUUUUUUGCUUUUGUUUUGUUUAGGUUUUCUUAAUUUAAAAAAAAAAAAAAAAAGACAUGCAUCACAGCAUGGUUUGCUUCAGCACUUGAGUAUCUUAGAGUAACAGCAGUGAUAUUUUGCAAUUCGCAGAGGUCUGGCCAUUGUUGAUUCAGUCUUGUUAUUAUGGAGUCUGAAUACCAUAUAAAUUAAAAUUUUUCUGUCCUUCACUUUCAAAAAGUGAAUUUUUGAGUUGCUGCACAAAGGCUGCGAUGAACCAUGGAAAAUGUUGAAAAGAUAUUUUUGAGAUGGGUGAUUAAGGAGAGCAAUGCCACAGCAGAGAACAGACAUAAUGCAAGACUAAAGGAGAUCAGAGGAAAGGUUUGGCCUUGAGAAUGCACUUCACAGGCCAGAGCAAAGCUUGAGAUUCCACAACUCAUCCAAACUGCACAUUGCUCCUUUGCUGUCAGCAGCUAUCUGUGAAAACAGCUGGCAAGGAUUUUCACCUCCCUCUAGUGCCAGUUAGUCCCUCUUAGUUCACCUUUCUGAGGGGUGGCAGCCUGUUGCUGCUGGCAGCUGUUCACAAAGCUGAAAAUUCUGAAGAUGACGAAGUCCACCUAACAAUUUCAGGUUUACUUUUUGCCUGUGUUGAUGUAGGUACAGAAUUUCAAUUUUAUUUUCAUUUGCUUCUUCGAAACAUAAGACAAUUACCAUCAAAAAUCAUAAUUCAAACUGCAAGCUGGUGCUCAGCACUUGGAAAAUCCGAGAGUGAAAUACUUUAAUCAAGAUUUCUUAUGUCUGUGCAACAGGCUUUGAUGUUGUGAUACUACUUUUUAAAUCUGUUUUUCUGGAAAAGAAAAAAAACCACAAAAAACCCAAAACAAAGACAAAAAACCAAAGAAUUCCAACCCAGUGAAGAAUGUGCUGUGAUUCUUUUCCUCACCUGGUGGGCUGUCAAAAAUUUUGAGCCAAUUAGCCACCCCAACUUCUGCUUUACCAGGCAGAUGGGAGGAACACACAGUUCCAGCUGAGUGAUGAAUGAGGAAACCAGUAGCUAAAAUAAGUUACUUGUAGUGUUUGGCAGCAUAUAAGCAAAUAUAUGAUGCAGCUCUACGGCACUUUUGUGGCUGCAAUCACCUACUGUAGGUGCUGUUUUCUCCCUCUGGGUGGUUAGGAAAGAGUGAGAGGACAGAGGCACACAGAGGGUGAGGGGACAAACAGGGACAGAAGGAAUUUUAUGUUAAACGACGUUGGAGUCACUUUGUGUGCUGCCCAUGGGUUGGCACACAUUUCCAUGGAGUGCCAUCCCUGCUGUGACACAGAUAAUUCUGUUCUUUGGAAAGGCAUUACUUGGAUGUGUGCUUUUCUUGCCCUGCUCGCCUGCUGCAGAAGAUGGAGGCCGUGCAGGAUGAUGGGAGUUAUUCCAUUCUCAAGCACCAUGCAUAACUGGACUCUCCUGCAUUCUGGGUGUUACUCCUUUAUUUGGGAUGCUGCAGGAGAUUUUGCCUCCUCCAGCUUUACUGGAGUGGGAAAAGGGCUAAAACUGUAGGUUUCUAUACUGGAGUUAUUCCUGCUACCUGCUUGAACUACAGAUAAUUAAACAGUGUGUUGAAACAG